AUGGCGGAUGGCGGAGGAGAAGCACACGAGCGAGAAAUUAUCAAGCCACCAUUGCGGUCCAGUGUCUGGAAACACUUUGGCUUUUGCAAAGAUGGAGAUGUUCUAAAUAAGUCACUCGCUGUUUGUCGGAUAUGUAAAGGUCAAGUAAAGUACAACGGCAACACGACAAAUCUCUCCAACCACCUACUAAGGCGCCAUGGGAUUGCACACAACACCGAUCGUCCAGGCACCUCUUCUAGCGUUCCCGCUGCAGCAUCACCGCAAGGUAACAUUAAAGUCACAGAAGCCUCGGGCCUCGCCUGCAUGUUUAGUCAGAGACUAGGCCAAAACUCGGCUCGGGCAAAAAAUAUCACGGCAACAAUUGCCAAGUUUAUCUGCAAAGAUAUGCGACCCUACAGUGUGGUUGAAAACCCGGGGUUCCGUGAAAUGAUUAAAACAUUGGAGCCAAGGUACACGAUACCAAGCCGACCACACUUCUCAGAAACGGUUAUUCCUGCAUUGUACGAAAGUACUAAGAAUGAUGUGAAGCUGUCGCUCUCUCAAGCUGAACGAGUAGCGAUAACAACGGAUGGCUGGACGUCAUGUUCAAAUCAAGGGUAUGUGACAAUUACCUCUCAUCACAUUGAUCCGGAUUGGAAAAUGAAAACCUUUGUUCUGCAAACCAGAGUUUUAAAUGAAGCCCAUACUGGUAAAAAUAUUGGCGCGUUACUGCGUGAAGCCUGCAUUGAGUGGAAAAUCUCCGACAAGAAUCCUGCGAUUGUAACAGAUAACGCCAAGAACAUGAUUGUGGCCGGCGCAGAAGCCCAGUUCAGUCCACACAUUACCUGCUUCGCACAUACGCUCAACCUUGCCUCGCAGAAGGGUUUGGGGGUGGACCGUGCUUCCAGGUUGUUGGGGACAGUGCGAAAAAUUGUUGGCUAUUUUCACCGCAGCCCGAUUGCAUGUCACGUCCUACAGGAAAAACAAACUCUGAUGGAUUUACCAAAACACAAACUAAUCCAAGACAUAAUCACCAGAUGGAACAGUUCAUUCGAAAUGCUUGAACGUUUUUUGGAACAGCAGCCAGCUAUAAUGGCAACUCUGAUGUCCAAGGAUCUGCGAAAAGGGGUCACAGAUGUAUGCACGCUGAGUGAGAGUGAUAUUGCCAACAUGGAUGACAUUGUUCAGUUGAUGGGUCCUGUCAAAAUUGCAACAACUGUAAUGUGUGAGGAAGACCAGCCAACUCUCUCUGUAAUUGCUCCUCUUCAAGCAAAACUUCUGAAACACCUACAGCCAUGCGAAAACGACUCAACCCUGGUUGCAGAGAUUAAGAUCGUGAUGACCAAUGACCUCUCCAAACGCUACAGAGGCACCCAAGAUGCUCUCAACAUGGCAUCAGCGUUGGACCCGCGAUUUAAAGAACUGCCCUACCUGGACAAAGAGGAUAGAGAACAGGUCUACGCAAAACUGAUUUUUGAGGCAGAAGCGUCCCACCAGAUGCAAGCAAUGGGAAAUCAGGAGGACGACGAGGGAGGCUCAAGCACAAAGCUGUCAGGAUUGGAUGAAGAGACCACAGCUCCAAAUGACUCACCUCCUUGUAAGAAGAAAGCUUUAGAUGCACUGUUUGGUGAUUCCUUUACCCAAAGAGAAAGAAAAUCCACAAGUGAGACAGCCAGAGCAGAGGUUAUGAGGUACCGAGCAAAAGAUGCAUUGCCUUUGACUGAAAAUGCCAUGAAUUGGUGGAAAUCUCAGGAGAACGAGCUACCUGUACUUUCAAUCCUUGCUAAACGGUACCUGUGCAUUCCAGGCACCAGUGUGCCAGCAGAGCGAGUUUUUAGUACUGCUGGCGACAUAGUGAACGCACAGAGAAGUGUUCUGCGGCCAGAUCAUGUUGAUCAGUUGAUAUUUUUGAAAAAAAAUCUGUAGGGUCAUUGAAGAGUAGUUUGUUACACUUGACCUAUUGUUACAUAUUAGUGCACUGCUGUUUGUUUAUUAAAAUGAGAGUAGUA